UCAAAGGAGCUCUUUAAUAUGCGAGCUUCUUUGCUUUGGACAAUUAGUGAUUUUCCAGCAUAUGCCAUGCUCUCUGGAUGGAGUACGAAGGGGAAAUUUGCAUGUCCGUGUUGUACUGAAUUUACAGAAGCAUUCUGGUUACCCCGCAGCAAGAAACAUAGUUGGUUUGAUAACCACCGAAAGUUCCUAGCAGAAGAUCAUCCAUUUCGAUGGGACACCGAGAACUUCACUAAGGGUAAAACAGUCAUGUAUGGCCCUCCAUUAUAUAGAGAUGGUUUAUAUUGUUAUGGUGAGAUGGAUGCCCUAAUGUCUGUGACCGAAUUAGGCAGUUUGGAACACAACAAAGUGGUUGGAAAGGAUAUUGGGUGGAAGAAACGUAGUAUCUUUUGGGAUCUCCCAUAUUGGAAGGAUUUGCUUCUACGCCACAAUCUUGAUGUAAUGCACAUAGAGAAGAAUUUCUUUGAGAACAUAUUUUACACAAUUCUGGGUGUGCCAGGGAAGUCAAAGGACCAUACACGAGGGAGAAUGGAUAUGGAACAGAUUUGUCAUAGACCAAGUAUGGAGAUGGACCGUGAUGGAAAAUAUCCCAAGGCUCCUUUCACGCUUUCAAACAAGCAAAGAGAAGUUUUGUGCAGUUGGGUUGAUUCACUUAAGUUCCCCGAUGGAUUUGCAUCUCGAUUAGGGCGUUGUGUAGAAAUGGAGAACCUUAAGGUAUUCGGUAUGAAAAGUCACGAUUGUCACGUUUUUAUGCAACGUCUACUUCCAAUUGCAUUGAGAGAAAUGCUACCUUCUUGUAUUUGGGAGGCAAUUACUGAGAUUAGUUUAUUCUUUCGUGAGUUAACAAGAAAGACUGCACGAGUUUCGGUCAUUGAAAAGCUAAAGGAUGAUAUUCCUAUCAUUUUAUGUAAAUUGGAGAAGAUUUUUCCACCCUCUUUUUUUGAUCCCACGGAGCAUCUUCCCAUACAUUUGCCGGACGAAGUUUUGCUAGGAGGACCACCGCAAUAUCGAUGGAUGUAUCGCUUCGAAAAUUUUUUAGGGUCAGUGUUAAAGAAAAAGAUCGGCAACAAGGCUAGAGUUGAAGCCUCGAUUAGAGAGGGUUAUUUGCUUAGUGAAAUGGGUACAUUUGCGAGCUACUACUUCCCGGAGGAAGUCACCACAAAAGCACGUGGUGUCCCGAGAUUUGAUGACGGUUUUAUGAUUAAUGAUGAUGUCGCUGCUUCCAUUUUGCACAAAAGGCAAAAGCAAUUGGUGCAAGCACACGUCGGUACAUGGACCAAAACGAAUCCAACGCAGUGCAUUCCUAUGUACUACAAAAUUGCCUAGAGAUCGACUCUUUCCGGGAAUUGUUCACGAAUGCAACUGGAUUAACAACCUCCGAUGAACUUCAAUUUCAAGCACAAUUUCCGCUCUGGUUUUAUCACUAUGUGCGUAAUGACACUAUAGAUCACCCACGAUGGAUUCGAGCUUUAGCUGGAUUUCCUGCUCCAUAUGUGACGACAUACCAAACACUUCAUAUAAAUGGUUACAAGUUCAACACUAUUGCACGAUCUGAAGGAAGGGUGACCUGUAAUUGUGGGGUUAUGGUCAAGUGCACAAGUUAUGAUGGUUCAGGGCUUGACUACUAUGGUUUAAUACAUGAAAUAAUUCAGCUAGAAUAUCAAGAUUAUAAGAUAAUCGUCUUCAGGUGUGAAUGGUUUGAACCUUCAAGUAGAGGCACACGACGACAUCCAUUAUACAACAUAGUGGAUGUGAACACACAACAUCAACUUCGUACUUCAGACUGCUAUAUUUUAGCAUCACAGGCAGAUCAAGUUGUGUAUGUGCCAUAUCCUAGUACAAAGAAACGAGUCAAUAGAUGGGUUUCUGUUAUUCAGUGCAUGCCACGGGCUUUUGUGGAGAGAGAUUUGGAAGAAGAUUCGACACAUGAAGAUGAAGAAUUUCAAGCGUUUCAAGAAACCGAGUCCAGGGAUUCAUUCCAAAUAGAGGUAGAUGAACAACCAUUUCCAAUUUUAGGUCAACAACACAUCGAUGACCGUGAUGAUCAUUCAGUUGUGUUCAAUGCUCCGGAGAAUAUGGAUGUUACAUUAGAUGGAGCAUAUGACAUCGAGCACGCUGAUAGUGAAAAUGAAAGUGAUCACGAAGAAAAUAUUAAUUGCAAUUGAGCCUCAGCAUCUCACAGAUUCACGAUUCAUAGCAGCAGCCUCAUCUCAUCCCAACGGCAUCAUAUCUCAAUCGAACCAGCAGUCCUUCACUUCGUCCUAGAGAAUAUGAUUCCUAUUAGAGGUCAAGGUGUCACCGGGAUGAACAAGAAAGCAGACCGCUUUUCACAAGAGACAUCAUCAGGUAGUUCGGGUCGCUCAACAUCCUCUGCACCCUCCACUUUACCUAGGAGGAAUACUACUCUCCACUCAACACUAUCCCCUACCCAUUCAAGACCAUCUCUACCCUUCACUAUUCCAGGCAGAAACUCUACUCCAUACUCAACACCAUCUCUUAGCCACUCAAAAAAGCAUCAACCCUUGUCUAGUAAGGGCGGAAAUAUUACACCCCAAGCAGGACAGACACGACAAUCUUCCCAACCGCCCCCGUCCCAAUAUCAUUUACCUCGGGUUCCUAGCCCAAAUAUCACAGCAGUCACUAAGCGGCAACCCACCAUUUCACCAACUCAAGGCCCUAAUAAAGACCCUACUUUGCUCUUCAAUCAAGACAGCCCGUCAACAACAACGAGCAGCAAUGAACUAGAAGAUAGUGACCCAACAACUCAUUCCAAUGGAGAAGAUGAGCUAGGUGAAUGGAAUCCUGAUGCGUACAAAGACCUCGAGUGGGGUGAAGAACCUUUGGACCACUUUAGAUCUUUAGCUAUAGCAAAAUUUGAAAGACCCAAUGUUGGGUUAAAUGCUUCUAAAGUACUUGUUAAUAUUGUUUCAAACAAAACAAGUUUGCGAUUUCAAACAAUUGCCUCAAGACAGAUAAGAUACAAUCUGCAUCCGGCUGGGCAACAAUGGAAGUGGGUACCCCAGAAGACAAAGGAUUUAUAUUGGGAUCAAUUCCAGGAUUUAGUAAACUGGGAUAUAUCCAAGUUCAAAGGUAAAGACAUCAGGAAGGGUUACGAAAAUUAUCUUAAGCAACGUGCUUAUUCGAAUAUAAUGUCUAAAAUCAGGGAGCGCCGGCCUUUAACUGUGAAUGACUUCACUUGGGGAGUUGUGGAAGAGUUUCGUGGGUCUGCGACAUUUCAAAGAUUGUCCGAGUCUGGGAAAAAGAAUCGGAUUGCCGGUGGAGAUAGAUGCAAACAGUACGGAGGGUCUCGUUCUGCGGCGGAUUUGGCUGAACAAGAGUCAAGUGUUUCAGGAGAGGAAGUUAACCCUCUCAAAAUCUGUGUAACUUAUCAUCCAAGAAAGAGAAAGAACGGAGAAGUAAUUGACUACGGCUCACAAUCAGAAGUUAUGGAGGCUAUUUUCGAGUUGUCUGAUGAAUUUAAUGAGAACAUUCAACAAGCUAAACAAUCUGAAACUGAAAAUGGGGGCUCCAAUACUGCAUCUAAAGCUGUAGUUGCUGAAUUGAAUUCCAAGUAUUUGGAAAUUGCUGGGGGUAAAAACAAAAAAGUAUUUGGAUUAGGAAAGUAUGCAAAAGCUUUCCUUCAAAAAUUGGAAUCAAAAUACCAAAAAGCUUCAGCAUCUUCACAGCGUGCACAUGAAUUUUGUGUCUAUUGGGAUGAACACAUGCGGAAGUGGUUAUCUUCACAAGGCGAGGAAUGCCCACCGGUAAUGCCACUCGUGGAUGAAAGCUUGCUAGAUGAAGAUCCUUGUUCACAGCCAAAAGCUUUUGAGCAAACAUGGCUUCCAUUUCUGAAAACACUUGGAAUGGAUGCACCAAGUUUUUUCCAGUUUACUCCAUCAUCCUCUCCACAUUCUCAAAGCACUUAGUAUUUGUUAUUUCCAAUUAUAUAUCCAAGUGGUAUCCAUGUUAAGAAUUUGCUUGUAUUUCUGGAUUGUAGUAUGGCUUUACUUAUGGUACUCACAAUGACUAUGAAUGUUGGUGGUUAAAGUGUGUUUACUAUAAAAGUUAAGUUUUUUGGCUACAUACCCAUAUAUAUUUAAUUAUGCACUUUGUACAUUAUUGUGAUACAAUCACAUACGUCUGGA